AUGGCUUCUACAAAUGGAGACGUAGUCCUGAGGAAUACUACCGCCCAGUUAGUGAACUCGGAAAGUAUUAGUGAGGCCCUGCCAGAGAAGCCACCGGAACGUCUUUCCGGCCCAAGCGAACUAUCCGAGUUACCAACGAACUUGUACGAAGACGUGGACCUACUGAUCGAAGCCGCCUGCCAGGAACAAGAAACACAACAUAUUUAUGAAUCUCCACCUGGCGAACAGAUUUCGCUGAGGCGGCCAGUUAGCGAGGAGCACAGGGAACGUUUACAUCGAUUGUCUCACAGUUCGGAACUGAACGAGUAUACGCGCCAAUACGGGACCGUACACGUGUACGAAGACAUUGAGUUUGAUAGGUAAUAUGAUGCACCCAGUUCAUCCUUGAGUAGCGAUGUAAAAAGCCUUAUCAAGCAUUACAAUAAGUUAAGUGAAAAAUGUGGAGUGCAAAACGCCGUUGUGCCAAAUCUUUUCGAAUAUUGCAUUGUAGUGGGCUUCGAUUUGUCGAAGAAUCGUCCUUACGUUAAGAGCAAAUAUCCACCGCAGAAGCAACCGCACGAACAAAUCGAGAUUUUCGUGCACCCUGGCAACGGAGCGCUGAUCCACCAACGCGAUCAGGAGUACUCUAUCAUACUGACCGACUAUCCGCAACGAUAUUAUGGCUUUUGCAGGCGAGUGCUGCCUGAAUCGUUCGAUUUUUGCAUUCCGCUCACCUACUGCAUAGUAACGAAGUACAACGAACCGAAAGUGUUCUAUCAGCUGCUGCAGUGCAUCGAAGGCCAGCAUGGUAACGGGCGGCUGGCCGAGCGACUUAUGAAGCAGUUCCACGCAGCAGACGAGCAGUGAAGCAGACUACCGUUGGCCGGAGAAAAUCUGCAACUAGCGCUGCCUAGCAGUGAAGAGGAGUUGCACGAACAGCUAGCCAAUUCAAUUAUGAUAAGCCGUCCCAAAGAUUUACGCUUAGAGAAAACGGAACUGUUUGAUAUUUUCCAAUGUCUCGGACCAGACGGGCUGAUACAGGUGUUUGAGUGUUUGUUACUGGAAAAGAAGAUUAUCCUAUUCAGCGAGCACCUUUCAGUGUUAAGCUCGUGUAUCCUGGCCCUCCUGUCAAUACUCUACCCAUUCCAAUGGCAGCACAUUCUCAUCACAAUCGUGCCGGAUGAUUUGCAGCAGGUACUGGAAGCACCGGUUCCGAUGCUUGCCGGUACAUUACAGCCCGUGGCCGAGGAAGUAUGGCAAUGUUCAGAUGAUGCUUGCUACGUGAAUCUGGACUGCCGAACUGUUCAACUACCAAGCAAAUCGCGAUUUUCCAUGCUGCCGAGCGAGCUGAAAAACCCGCUCCGGGUUUCGUUGGAGAUCGUGAAAAUGUUUGAAGAUGAAAAGGAUCUAGCCAGUGUGUUGAUAGGGGGCGCAUUCCUUCAAUUUUUUGUUGAACUCUUUUCAACUCUCGACACACAAUUGUACGAGAAAUCACAAUUUGUGGAACAAUUCCAAAAUCAGGAAACGCGACUCUUUCUCAACUGCUUUCUCGAAACGGUCAUGUUUGCGGACUUCCGUGAACGUUGGCACGCGUCGAAAGUAUCUGCAACAACGACGGCCAGCGAUGAAUUCGAUUUCGCGUUGUUUAACUCGAAAGUUGCAGAAAAAAAUAAAAACAGCGACGUGCACACGACCAACACUGACGAGGAGGUCACCAACUCGAAGCUAAACGAACGAAAAGGAGAAUCGCUCGUCGAUAAGGUGCUCAAGUUGAUGAAACGCCCAGACCCUAGCACAACGACGUGGUAUGUUGAGCUAUCAGAAACAGAAAUACCUUAA